AUGAGACAGUUCUCAACUGCUGCUGACCCAAAGGGUGACAAGAUACGCUCACUCCUCUCCGAUCAACUAAAGCCAUCAGUACUCAAUGUAAUCGAUAUGUCUGGUGGUUGUGGAUCAAUGUAUAGGAUAGAGAUCGUAUCAAAGGAGUUCAACGACAAGUCGAUACUGAAGCAACAUAGACAGGUCAACGAUAUAUUGAAGGAUGUUAUACCAACAUUACAUGGUCUGACAUUGCAGACCAAAGGUGAUGCUGCUCAAUAA